AUGCAAGCAACACUAGACACUACGGGCCUCAAACCCUUCACCAGGGCCCUGGGAUGUCUAUCAAGAUACGGCGAUGAUCUCACCAUCUACGCGACGCCAGACUCCCUUUCGCUCUCUUCGACAAACUCCUCCAUGUCAGCUUAUGCUCGGUACAAGUUUUCGAAAUCGUUCUUCGUGAGGUACAACGUUGGAGACAAGAAGUCGAAACGGAACGACUUCGCCGACGGCGUGCAGGAGGUUUUGACGGUGACCGGCCAACUACUAACCAAGUCUCUGUUGUCGAUCUUGAAGCACCGCACUGUGGAGAAGUCCGUAACCAGAUGUGAACUCUCAGUGGUCGAAGGCGUCAUGUCCGAGCGAGACGAAGUCGAUUCUGCUGAGAGUGACACUCUAGAAAGCAAGCUCAUCGUCCGCCUGCACUGUAAGCACGGCGUCAUCAAGACGCACAAGCUUCUGCUACUCACGCCGACGUCUCUUAUGGCCCCCGGAGAACCCGAAGCGUUGAACGAGUCUCGUCUGACUAUUGGUCCUCGCUCCGUCAAAGACAUGAUCGAGCACUUCCCUGCCACCAAGAGUACGAAGAGCGACCCGCAACUUAUCUGGUCGUUUAAUCACACGGACGUACAAUUGAAGAGCGUAGACAGUUUCUUUGACUCGAAAGCGGGUGCCCAAUUGUCCACGGAGCUCACGAUAAGCGCUGACGAAUUCGAUGUCUACGAUAUCUACUGUCCACCAAUAACAAUCGCAUUUCACCUGCGCGAAUUCAAUGCUACGAUCGCAUUCGCCGAGUCACUGGCGCUCACCCUCGACCUGCGCUUCACAGACCCUCUCUCGCCGUUAUUCAUCGACGUCGACGACGAAUCCUUCCAGGCGCUCUUCGUCAUCUCCACGAGCCAGCUGCACGGCACCGGCGGUGGUGCCAGCCAAGCAGGAUCCCAGAGUAGGAAGCGGACUCGCGAGGAAGACGAAGCCCCCGCGGCGAGGGACAAUACGAAGCGAGCCCCUGAUCGCAAGAAACCUAUGAAGGUGGUCCAGCGGACGGACGUUGAUGGGUAUGAGAGAGCGGUGAACAGAGCGUCGAGCACGUCGCAGCCGGGCGGAGGGUCUAUGCCUCCCCCUUCGGUGCCUCGGCAGCAGUCCCCGCUGUUCAGCCAAAGGGCAGAAUCACCCUCGCGAAGAGAUGCGUCGGAGCCGUUGUUCCUCCCGGCAUCGCAGCUGUCGCAAGCGCAGGAGCAGGCCAUUCGGGACUCGGGCCUUGGAAUAGAGAACAUGAACGCUGCGGACCAGCAGAUCGCUUUCGUAAAGGAGGAGCACGCGGAGCUCGAUAUGGAGGAGGAUAGCCUGAGUCUAUAUGACGAAUCGGAAAUCCUGCCUACACAAGAGAAAAGCCAUAGUGAUAAGGUAGAACGCGUACAUCUUGUGAUAACAUGCGGGCUAACUGGUUUUCCAGAAUUUCAGACCGUUGUUCGAGGACUGAGGAGAGACGGUGAGUUUUCCGCGUAG